UUUCAUUCUAGAAUUAAGUGCCGACACAGCAGGAAUCUAAAAUUUCGCAGCGUCAGGCGCGCUUCGUGUGCCUCCAAAACCCGGAACCGAAACGAAACGAAACGAGCCAAACCGAAACGUAGCAAAACGAAGCUAACGUGAAUGUGUAACGGUAUCGGGCAACGUUGAUUGCAAUGCAACAAAAACUCAAAAUCCAUUGAAAACUAUAGCAAUUGCAUUGAAAAGCAUUCCGAAAAGGAUACACAGGAUACACAAAAUGCGCGUUAGCUCCAUAAAGUGAAGUGAAAAGCGCCAACAGCAGCAGCAGCAACCAUAACAAAGGCCAACAGGCAAAACAGAACAAAGAGCAGGAAGAGUGGAGAGGAGAGGAGAGGAGAGGAGAGGAGCAGAGCAGAGCGGAGAAGGAGUGUGCUAAAGGCCAAACAAAAACAAUUCACAGCUCGUGUAAAGGAAUUCGCGUGAAGCCAAGUGGAGCGCGCAGAGGCAGAGAGGGAGAGGGGAUAUAUUCGAGCAGGAAGAGAGGAAUAGAGCAUGGAUAGCUCACCGGAUUUGUCGCUGUCGCUGAAAUUGCGACGCGGCUCCAGCGACUCGCGCGACAAUUUCUACAUGGACUUUGCGCAGGGCAUCGACUCGGACAUCGAGGAGGUGGACAACAGCAAUACAAAUCUGGACGAUGCUCUGGCCUCCGGCUCGGGCAUGCAGAUGGGUUUGCCACCGCCGCCGCUGCCGACAGUUCCGCUGAGCGAUGAGAUGAUGCUGAUGGUGGCACCGCCGCCGCCGUCGACGACGGGCGCACUGACGACGACGUCGAUGAUGACGACGAGCACUCUGCUGGGCCAGCCGUUGCCCACGCUGACCGAGACGGACGAUAUGCCGCCAACACCGACGCCGCCGCCACAGCAGCAGCUGAGUAUGGAGGCCAACUCGCCAUCGGGCUCGCCCAGCAAUUCGGUGCUCGAGCUGGAGCUGAUACCACCGCCGCCGCUGUCGCCCAUGGACGACGCCGGACUGCGCACCGACGACGACGACGGCGAGGAGACGGACGAUGCCGAGGAGGCGAUCAUUGAGCCGCCAGCAAUGAUGCAACAGCAGCAGCAACUGGAACUGGAGACUGAUGCCGAUGCCGAUGAGGAUGAGGACGAUGAUGAUGAGGACGAGGAUGAUGACAAGUCCACACCGCCACCGCCGCUGCCCCCGUUGCCCUCGAAUCUGUCGUAUGUACAGGGCAGCGUCACACCCCCAUUGACCAAAUCACCAUCGACCUCGCCCUCGCCACCAGCCACGCCGCCUCCGCUGCCGGAGCUCAACAUAUGCAAGAUGGUGUCGCCGCCGGCGCAGCACGUCAGCCAGAUACCGCCUCUGACUCCCUCGUCCGAGAGCGAGGAGGAGUCGCAGACGAACUCGCAACCCAUUUCCACCAGGCAGCCGGAGGAACAGCCGCAGCAAGAGCCGGAACCGGAACCAGUAGCCCAAACUGAUCGAGAGCCAGAGUGUGAGCCGGAGCCAGAGCCAGAGCCAGAACCGGAACCGGAGCGUGAACCCGAAGCUGAGCCAGAGCCAGAGCCCGAACCCGAGCCGGAGCACGAGCCCGAGCAGCAGCAAAUGAGCGGUGGCCAGCAGUUGGCUGCCGAGGAUUACAGUCGAUCUCUAGACAAUGAGGACGAGUCCACGACGAUCACAACGCCACCCAGCAAUGGCUACUCUGCAUCCUCGAUCAUUGCGCCACCGCCCGAGAACUUUGGUGAGCUGGACGAGGACAGUGUGGGGCGUGGCUUCAUACCGCCACCGCCAGCUGGUCUCGAGGACGCCAAUGAGCAGCAGGAGCAGCAGCAGCGGGAACAGCAGCAACAGGAGCAGGAGCAGCAGCAAGAGCAACAGUCGCAUUCGCUCGACGCCGACGACGAUGAGCUGACCAAAGUCGAAACCGACGAGCUGUCCAUGGACAAGAUGUCGCUUCAUGUGGCCGACGAGGAGGGCAACGGGGAGCCAGCCGCCGACAGCAUCAGCUCCCCCAGGGCCGCCAGCAUUGCCAGCGGCGGGCUGAUGUCCACCGGUGGUGCGAUUGCUGCCAUGGGCACCAUGGCCGGCGCUUUGCCCCCAUCGCCCAAGUCGGACGGACGCGUGCCCAGUCGCAGCGGCAGCCAGCGCUCCCAUGCCGGCUCGCACACCAGCUCCCAGCACGGCUCUCGCAUUGGCUCCCACGCGGGCUCCCACGCGGGCUCCCAUGCGGGCUCACGUGCUGGAUCGCGUGCUGGUUCGCGCACGGGCUCAAUAGCCUCGGCCGCGGCUGUCGGGCCCGUGCUGUCGCCUCAGGCGUCGCUCAAGUCGCAGGCUUCAGUCAAGUCGCAGGCAUCCAUCUCGGAACGGAGUCCCGCUCUGUCGGUCAGGUCAUCGCAGCGCAGCGGCGAGCGCGUUCAGAGCCCGCCCGUGGGCGAGAGUGCCCCGGCCAUGCCCUCGCCCCCAUUGAUGCGCAGCUCACCGCCGGAGCUGGCCAAGAGUCCACCGCGGCAAAUGCACAGUCCGCCGCGCAUCACCACGCCUCCGCGCGUCUGCAGCCCCCCGCUGGUCAGCAGCCCACCCAAGCUGGCCGAGACGGCAGCCGCUGCAGCCGCGGCCUCAAUGCCCAACGCCCUCAAGGAGCAAGUCAUCAGCAGCAGCAACAGCAGCAGCAGCAGCCGCAGGCUCUUCAAUCGCCCGGAUCCCACAUUCGCCACGCUCACCUUCCAGGAUGAGCAGCCAUCGCAGCCAUCGCAGGCAUCGCAGUCGGCGCAGCCAACGCAGUCGACCACUGCGGAGCCAGCUGCCAGCGUGGAGAGCGUGGUGACCAGCCAGCCGCGUGCCCACUUCACGAGCAGCCAUCACCAUUACCAUCUGCCGCACCAGUUCCAGCAUCCGCACCAUCAGAACCACCACACGCACAGUGUCCGUGUGCCCACGCCCACGGUGCCGAGCAGCUAUACGCCGGCCACGGACCCGGAUGCCCGCUCGCCGAGCAACCUGCGACGGGCUGCGGCGCCAGCGGCGCCAGCGGCGAGCAGCACGCUGUCGGCGACGUCCAGCGAUGCUGGGCACGUGACGGUAUCCGUGUCGCCGGGCCGCAUGUCUGCACGCUCCUCGCAGCAUCACGUCACCAUCGAUGAGUCCAACUUGCCCACCAAGUGCAACACGGAGCGUGCCGGGCCCAGCGGCCUGAUACUCGUCGGCGGCGAAGGGGACGGCGAUGAGAAUGCCGGACCCGGCGGCGACAGCUCGGAGCCGCCCUCCUCGCCGGGCAGCAGCUCCCAGUGCCAGGAUCGCCAGAGCGGCCAACUGGCCCUCAUGUAUCAUUCGCAUCAGCUGACCAACUAUCCGGUGAUGCCGGCCAUCAAGCGCACGCACCGCCCCUCCUUUGUCUAUCCACCAAUGCCGCGCGUCAAGGCCGGCGAUGCUCUGGCCACACUUUUCUCGGCUCUCUACGGCAAGCUGCUCGUGGUCAUGGGCGUGGCCUUUCCCAUGGCUGAAGUUAUUUCCACCUACAUACCGCCAUCGUUUUAUGAAGUUUACUAUUUGUAUUUGUAUAUUGGAAGCAUGAUCUUUUUGCUGUUCAUGUACGCCACGCUGCUCUGGGGACGACCCAAGCUGCCGGUGCCCGUGGCCACCUCGCCGAGCAAGACCACGUCCAAGGUGAACGCCUCGGACAGCAUGGACGAAUCGGACACGGACAGCACCACGACGCGGCGCCGCAUCCAGCCGGCCAUGCCGGCGCGUCGUCCGUCGCUGCUGUCGCCGCUCGGACGGCAGCAUCACUACGGCAGCUUCUACUUGCGCAUGGGGGCAGUGGCAUUCGGCAUUGGCAGCAUGAUCUAUUCGGGCCUGGAGUUUGGCCAGUACUUCGAGCUGAAUCCGGACACCAAGUGCCACAAUGUGCUGCUCGCACUGACGCCAGCGACGCGCAUGGCCUUCAUCUUCAUUCAGAUGUACUUCAUAUUCCUGAACAACGAACAGAUCAAGGUGUACCGCUACAAGAUCAUCGCUCGGUUCGGCCUGAUGCACAUGAUCGGCACCAAUCUGGCCGUCUGGCUGAACGUGCUGAUCCAGGAGACAAAGCACGAGAUACUCACCUUCUACAAUCCCGAAAAUCGCACGCUUCGCAUCUCGCAUCGCAUUCCGGGACACUCGCGCGGACACGCUGUCAUCGCCCACGAUCCGACGGCCCAUUUGCGUGUGCCGCGCGGCCUGAAGGGCCCCUACCAGAUCUUCGAGUGCCGGCGCACCAACAUCAUCGGCACCCUCGUGCAGGACGCCUCGCCCUUCCUCUUCCCCUGCACCAUCGAGUACUCGCUGAUCUGCGCGGCCAUCCUGUACGUGAUGUGGCGCAGCAUUUCACGCCCACAGACGCCGACGCCCCAGCGACCGGACAUGAUUAGCUCGCCGAUGAAGCGCUCGCCCCACCACUACUCCGUGGACUGUGCCCGGGCCCACAAGGGCCUAUUCGUGGGCAUACUCAUCCUGGUGCUGACCAUCAUCUCGCUGAUCAUCUUCUUUGUGCUGAUCUCGCGGCCGGAGUUCGUGGCGCUGGCUGUCACCGAGGUGACCAUCUGCGAGCUGCUCAUCUACGGCACGGCGACCAUAGCCACGCUGGUGGGCAUGAUCCAGAUACGGCACUUGCAGUACGACGCCUAUCGCAGCUUCUCCCUGGACGACAUCCUGCUGGUGGGCGCGCAGACGGGCUCGUUUCUGUACAACAUCUUCACCGUCAUUGCCGGACACUUUACGCUGCGCAGCGACGACAUGCUGGUGCCCAUCAAUGCACUGGCCUCCAUAGUGCAGACCGCCUGCCAGACGAUGUUCAUCCUGGACGCCAGCCGGCGGCAGGCCGUCAGCCCGGAGCACAUACGCAAAAAACCCGGCCGCGAGAUAGUCACGUUCAUGCUGGUGGUGAAUCUGGCCAUGUGGGCCAUCAGCACGCUGGAGAAGUCGCGCGCCGAGUCGCAUCCCAUACAGCUGAACUUCUACGGACUGUGGGCCUGGACCAUUAUCACGCACGUGUCGAUGCCGUUGGCCAUAUUCUAUCGGUUCCACUCGACCGUCUGCCUGUGCGAGAUCUGGAAGCGGGCCUACAAGCUAAAGCCGACGUACAUGUGA